AUGUCAAUCACAAACUUACCUUUGGAGUUAUUGACUCGUAUCUGUGAGAACCUGGAGCCUAAAGAUUGGGGCGCGUUCAGGGUCACUUGCCGCCAAAUCCACGACAACACACUGGAAGCCUAUACAGCGCGAUAUUUUAGAAAAAUCACCCUUCUACUCACACCUGAAGGCCUUGAACGGCUGGAGCAGAUUACAACUAGCAAAACUCUUCGCAGCUAUGUUGAAGAAAUUUGGAUCAUCCCAAACUUGUUCGAAAAUUGGGCAAAAUUAGAUAGGGCAUCGUUUACAGAUGUAUUGAGACCGACACGUCUUCCACCAACGGAAGAAUCGAAAGAAAUCGAGGCUGAGCUUGAGGCCUUAUUUGCCGUCUUCGAACCUGCAAUGAAAAAACACGAUGCCAUUCUGCAAUUCUCGGGGCUCUUUAACAGCCUUGAAAAAUGCCUACCGCGCCUUAAAAACGCAGUUACCCUUGGCUUACGAACAUACGACACAAGUUUCCUCCUUAAGAAUGCAGCCCAUACUGACUUCACCUGUCUGGGCUUGCGUGAAUUGAAGAGCCAGUUCAAAUACAAGAAUGGUCCAAUGCGUUCUCAGCCGAUGCCGUACAUGCCUUACGGUUUGGCAUUCUCACAACUUCUCAACGCCAUAAUCAAAUCCAAUCGAAAAGUCCAAGCCCUUCACACUUGCGGCCGUUUCUUUCCAUUUUGCGGUAUGAAAUUGGAACAGUUUCAACUGCCAGAGGCCCAGUAUCAAUUGCUGCUUCCAAUCUUGAAGGAUCUGACAAGUCUGCAUAUGUGCCUUCGCCUUAAAGAUCAUGAAAAUGAAACAUUCAACGAAAGCACCUUCAAUAACCUCCACAAAAUUCUGAUCACAGUCUCGCCGACACUGAAGACCCUGACUUUUGCCCAAUGGAGUCCUGCAGAAGAAUUAUCUCCUCUCUACUUUAAGGAUCUCGCCCAGAAAGUUCAAUUUUCCCAGCUAGAGGAACUUCAUCUUCAUUCAGUCGAGGUGAAAGUGAAUAGCCUCGAGGAAUUUCUGAAAACAGCAGCCCCAACCUUGAAACGACUGACUAUGUGGUUGGUCAGUCUGGUUGAUGAGAUAACAUCUGUACCAGAUCCAGGACCCCUAACGGAAGACAGUCGAAUUUGGGUCUCUUCAUUGUCCACUGAAGUCAAGACUGAGAUGCAGGAGCUCUGGCGGCGUGUUUUCAAAUCUUGGGCAGAUCAUCUCAAGUUGCAAUACGUCCAAAUGUCCAAUCUUGGGUAUCGAGGAAGAUUUAUAAUGUUGAAAGAUCCCUUAUAUAUGGAACGCGGGCAGCCGGACGCACAGCUUUCUCCUGGCUCGAACUUGGAGUUCUAUUUUGAUUCUGAGAGGGCCAGUGUUUCUUUCAAGGAAUGGGUCACUCAGCUCCAGAUAGAGAUGUGUUAUCCGAACUUCAACAGAUUUGGAGGCCCCAAGCUCCCAGGUACCAGCAACAUCGUCAUUCGCUGCCCGGGAUUUGGUAAUAUUGCUUCUUCGGUAUGCAUGUAUCGGCUCCCAACCCAUAUGUAA